ACAAAUUAAAAAAAUUCAAACAACCAAUCAAAUAUUAUUAAUAUUAGCCUUAUUUCAAUACAUUUUAUAUUUUCUAUAAAAAUGAAUAGUAAUAAUAAAUAAUUUUAAGCAUCAAAUGCUCAAUAUUAAUCUUUUUAAAGUGACUAAGAAGAAGAAGAAGAAUUAAAACAAGAAAAUGAUGAAGGCAUUUAGAAUUCAGAAAUUUCUCAAAUUCAAAAUUAAAACGAUGCAAAAAGUUGUAUUUCAAAUGUUUCUCGUGUCAAAAACAGUUUUAUUAGUUUUCCUGUUAUUGCUAUUUUAAGUAUUCCAUCAGGAUUUUAGAGUUAUCCGAAAGAAGAAUACUCCUACAUCUACACAUCUUAUGUUUAAUACUUCUAAUAAAGUGGUUUGAGAAUAAUUCCAUUAAACUGGACUGACUCUUUAGAAAAUUUGGAGAAUUUAAUGAAUAAAGUUAAUGGGCUAGUUUUAACAGGAGGUGGAGCUAACUUGAUGAUGAGAGUGCAAGAAGGAGAAGAAAAAAAAUUUACUUAAUUUUCAAAAGUAGCCAUAUUUUUGAUAGAAUUAGCUAAAAAGAAAAACGAGAAAGGAAACUACUUUCCUUUAUGGACUACUUGCUUGGGAUUUGAGUUAUUAUUUCUAAGCUUUUCUAAUUAAGAAAUUAGAAACCAAUUCGAUAGCAAAAACCAUUUUGCAAAAUAAAUAUUUAGUAAAGAAGCAAAAACACAGUCAAGAAUUCUAUCUAAAUUAUCAAAAUCUUUAAUAAAAUGUCUAGAAGAAGAAGAAUUCUUUUAUUAUAACCACAAACAUGGUUUCUCUAAGAAAUAGUUUUUAGAAAAUCCAAAAAUCAAUUAAAAUUUUAAUUGCAUAGCUUAUAGCAAGGAUUAAAAAGGAAAAUAAUUUGUUUCAAUAGCUGAAGGAAAAGUCUAUCCUUUCUAUGGUACUUAAUUUCAUCCUGAAAAGCUUCAGUUUGACCAAUCUUCCAAAAACAAUAAAUAAUUUACCAUCAACUAGCUAAGAAUUGCCUAGCAUAUUCCUAAUUUCUUUUAUACAGAAUGCCUUAAAAGUAAUUAAAGAUUUGAUUCAGCAUAAGAGUAGUAGAGUCUUUUGAUAGAAAAUCACUAACCUGUAUACAAAGGAGGUCUGGAUUAAGGAAUUUAUCUAUUUAAAAAUGUAUAACAAAUAUAAAAUGAGAUAAAUUCUAAUAAAUAGGAAACAAAUACUAAAUGA